AUGGCACAUCUACAUGACGAGCUAAUCGCUAGUUCUGCGCGGUUGACGGUUGAUACACGGUAUGGAAAGGUGAUCGGAGGUCGAGCUAGUAAUGGGGCUGCUGUGUUUCUUGAGAUACCUUACGCACUACCUCCGGUUCGUUUUGCGGAUGCGGAGCCUCUUCCAGAUGAUCACAAGUAUCCCUCUGGCAAAGAGUAUCUUACGGAGUCUAGUUAUGGUUUUCAACCCCGUAACGAUGGCCAAGCAAGCGGUACUCCCUUCGUAGAUAAAGUAGGUUAUGGGAAGCCCACAGAGAAUCCUCUGUUUUUGAAUAUCAUCUCCCCGCCGUCCUUCAAACCCAAAUCAUCUGCACAGGCCUUUCCGGUCAAGAUAUACAUACAUGGAGGCUUCUUGCAAUUCGGAUCCCCGCAUGGAGUACGAGGACAGGAUCAGUUUGUUUCUGCUGAGCUAAGUGAGGUCAGAGUCAAUAUCGGGUAUCGAUUAUCAGCCUUUGGCUUUCUGGCGAGCGACGAACCGCGUUUGGAUGGAAAUUACGGAUUCAAAGAUCAAUGGCUUGCGCUAGAAUGGGUGAAGAAGAAUAUCAGUGUGUUUGGUGGUAAUCCACAAGAUAUCACAGUCGUAGGCCUAUCUGCCGGAGCACAUUCCGUUCACCAAAUCCUACACCAUGUUUCUCGCUUACCAGAGGCUGCAGACUCCCCAUUCCAAUCCGCUAUCCUUAUGUCCAAUGCCAUUGUGAUGGUACCCAAAACGCCCGCUGAGCUCCGGCCUCAAUUUGAAGCUUUGUGCUAUGCUCUCGACCUGGACCCUAAGUCGCCAAACAUUCUAAAGACACUACAGGAUCCCUCCCUCGUCCCAGCGUCCAAAAUUUGCGAAUUAAUCGAAACAGACGCGCUCGGGAACGAGUACGGUACAUUCCGCGGCUGCGUGGACAACAUCUCCUGGAUGGCUUCCUCCCCAGACCUGAUGACCUGGCAACGCUCUGGAGCAUUCGCUACUAACCUCACAAAGAAAGGUGUGAAAAGCAUCGUAAUUGGGGACCUCACAGAGGAAUGGUAUCUGUAUUCCAUAGCGCACCCCAUCCCCACCCCAGCUGAUAUAAUCGUUAAUUUGGAGAGAUACUAUCCAGUGGAAAUGGUAGAGAAGAUGAUGAGGAUGUAUCGGACAUUGGGGGAGGACGCGGGAGAGGGGGAGUGUACAAGGCUGUUUGGGGAAAUCUUAAGUGAUUGGCAGGUACAUUUACCUGUCCGGGUGUUCACGAGGGAUUUGCAUAGGGCAGGGUUUCCAGUGUUGAGGUAUGAGAUAGCUUGGACUCCGGAGCAACUACGUCCAGAAGGUGGAUACGUGACUCACGGAGGCGAUAGCUACCUGUGGCAUCUUCGUAUACCAGACUUAGAGGCAGAUCAAGUGCGAGUUGCAAAGGACUGGUUGAAGAAGGUUAACACGGAGAUUAUGGAUUUGGAGCACUCAUCAAGGAGUGUGCAAGAAGUUUUGAAGCUUGGUGAGGAUAAGGAUAUCACUUGGUCUACAGACGACCUAUGGAAUGAGAAAAUGAGGCUUGUGAAGAUACUACAAGGAGAAACAGAGUAA